AUAUAACAUCUGUUACUGUUCUUAGAAAUUGUCUGACGUUUUACUUUAGAGAAGUGCACAUAAAAUGUGAAAGGUUCUAUAAAACGAAAUAUUCUUUUAUUGUAAUUACAUAAAUGAAUGAAAUGUUGUGAUUAUCUAAGAUACAUAAUAAUUGUAUGGAAAGAUGAAGAAACUAACAGGAUCAUUUAGAUUCAAUCAGUGGGAUCCAUGGUUGUUGAUAGCUCAAAUUGUCUCGCUGCAAACAAUUUUAUAUACUACAUUGGGAGUGGUAUUGACUGUUUUAGGUGGAUUGGUUGGAGACACCCGAUCAUUAGAUCACAUCUUUGAAUACCAUGAAAUCCAUGUUCGAGAUUAUAGUGGUAAAUUAGUAAUAGCAGCUUUUGUGCUGAAUUCAUUGAUUGGAUCUUUAGUAUUAUGGAAGAUUGUAGAAAGAACUAAACUGUGCCUAGACUUUAGUUGGACUUGGCACUUUGUCCAUCUGAUUAUCUGCUGGUUCUACAAUGGAUCCUUUCCCACAACAUUCUCCUGGUGGGCCUUAAAUGUGGCAUGUCUAGCGCUGAUGUGUGUCUGUGGAGAGUUCUUGUGCCUUCGAUCUGAACUGCAAGCAAUCCCUUUAUCUCUGGGCCCCAAGACUGAUCUCUGACAGUUAUGAUGACACACAUAUCAUUAGUGCCAAGAUUAUCAGCAUCCCAACAAACGAAAGACUAUGCCUUCAAUAAUUACGAAAAUGAUAAUAAUAAAGUUUCAUACUAACAGAAAUGCAAUCAAACAA